UUUCUCGUUAAAUGGCUGUAAUUGCAGACACCUGGUGUGAACAUGUACACGUUCUGGCUUCAUCUACGACUGAGGAUGUUUCUUAAAGUCGACCAAAUCAACCGAAUGAAGAGAAAGAAAGGAAGAAAGAUGUUUCUCAGGCUGCGAGCUAGCGAGAAAUUUCUCGACCUUCAUUUGACGACUGGGCUUCACGACUGGGACAUGAACGAGGAGAUCAACCUGAGCACGACGACAGACCAGUUUUAUCAGGAUGAAAAGAGAAAUGAACAAUAUUUGGCACAGUGGCAUUAUGCCAGAAUCUCCAGAAGAACUUUACCUGAAGAGCUUCACCAGAACCCUGCUGACUGUAAAGAAUCUGUAAUCCAGCCAAAUCUGUGGUUAAUGGUAAACCCGUGUCUGGCCUGUCCCAUCAAAUACCCUGUUCAAGACAAAAAGCCAUCGCUUCCAAAACUAACAAUAGACAGAUCUGCGUCAGGUCCUGCCCUAGGCUUGCCUGGACAAAACCUGCACCUGCUGCCGUUGUCUGAUGAAACCUGUCUGGAUGAAUCGCUGCAUGACGCGUCUCUCUCGAGUGAAUAUCAGCUCACGGAUGACGACGACGCGUCCUCAGAUGACGUGGCAAUCUGCCGUAAGUUGAAAGGUACCCGGAGGGGUCGAGCCCCCAAGGAGGUAUCGUCACGCAGGCUGGGUCUGGCUCAGAACAGGAGGCUGCAGAGGGUCUUGCAGGACAGCCACAACCUAAAGAGCGGCGCUUGGCCUCGGCCUCCUGUUAACUACUGCAUCCUCAUCGCCAUGGCACUGAGCAGCAGUCGUUCUGGCAGUCUGAACGUCCAGCAGAUCUACAACUUUACCAGGGAACACUUUCCUUUCUUCCUAACGGCGCCUGAUGGCUGGAAAAACACCAUCCGCCACAACCUGUGUUUCAGCAACAGCUUCAGAAAGACGCCGCAGCAGGUGAGCGGUGAUGGGAAGAGGAAGUCCUGCCUGUGGCACCUGACGCUGGACGGUCGGAGAAGACUGAGGAACGAAAUCCACGCGCUCACGGCAGACUCGUUCAGAAUGCUGAAGAGGAGCAUGAACUACCCAGAUAUGAUUCAAGCACUGUUUGAGUUGUAAUCUGGUGCAGGAGCCUGGAGGAUUUAAAAGAAGAUAGAAUUUGUCCAUGUUUUCACCUGCUGCUUGUGAUCACUGUUUGCACUAGAGAUGUUCUUGUUUAUCUUGAAU